UCCUUUGACAUGACAACGUUUUUUAAAUAUUGCUUUGCUUGCACAGAGCAUUAAUCCAUUUGUCAUUGGCUGCUACUGUUAUCUACCAUUGGUAUUGGCUUCCAUUUGUCUUUUAUAAUUUAAAAUAUUACUUAGGGAAGCAGUACGCAGUAUCACAUGUUAUUACGUUAUCGUUCCUUUUAAUCACACAUGAUAGUUCAACUGCAGGGUUCAGUUCAGUACUGGCAGUAUCUGCUGUGACAUAGGCAUGAGAUUUCAGUGCAAAGAGGGUGUAGACUCCACCAUGCUUGGUUUCCCAUAAUCCUGUGGGGCUGCGGUUCACUGCGUUUUGUUUCCAGUCCAUUAACUGCGGGGAAACGGCAGUUAACCGCAUAAAUUAGAAAGAUGAUUUCCUGGGAAUUAUAAACAUUCUCUGUUGCCCAUGAAUUCAAGAGCGCUCCGUAUGUAGUUUUAAAAAAAUAUUUUUAUUUUAUUCAGGCAGGAAUGCAGAGAGGCUUACUGAUAGAUAUUGGAUCUCGGUAUGGAAUGCACCUUUGUACAGUAAGUCACUGUGGCUUGACGUGUCUGCUAAAUGACUAAACUGAACUAAAUUGCUACAGCAGGGAAUGGAGGCCCCUGCUGUACAGUGGGAUUCGUGUAUGGGCUGAGAGUCACUGCGUAGACUACACCCCACAGUCUCACUGCAUGCAAGUUUAUAUUAAGAACAUAUUCAGAUUUUCUUUUUUUUUCUUUUUGAUUGCUCUGCUUAAGCUUUGGGUUUUUGCUGACAACAUCACUUCGGUUUGCUUUAUUUAUAAGUAAAUUUAUGCAGGCUGGCUUUAGGAGCGGGGUUAAGAUCUUUUAGGCUUCAUUUUCGUUACAUUCACGUCCUGAGAAUACGACGUUGUUGUCGACGUUUGAGUCUACUUUUCGUUGCUGUACAUGUCAGGCACUGUUUUCUUGUUCACCCCAGACCAAAUCCUGGCUGGGUGCACCCAGGCCCUCAGCCCCUGCAUUCAUCUGCUUCACGUUAAACGCACUUCAGUGCGCGGGACUGUUUGGCAGGGAGUGUGCGUGAGCGUGUGAGUGUGAGUGUGUGUGUGUGUGAGUGCGUGAGUGUGUGAGUGUGUGUGAGUGUGUGAGCGUGUGUGUGUGUGUGAGUGUGUGAGUGUGUGUGUGUGUGUGUGUGUGAGUGUGUGUGAGUGUGUGAGCGUGUGUGUGUGUGUGAGUGUGUGUGUGUGUGUGUGUGACUGUGUGAGUGUGUGAGUGUGUGAGCGUGCUGGACGGCUCUCUGAGAGGAGCAGGCCUUUCAGCCUUGGCGGCGUGCAGCGGAGAAGACACGAUGCAGUAAAUCACACACAAGCUCCGGGUCACCCGAGCGCCAGGCCAGGCUCUUUCAGCGCGAGGAGGCAGCCAACAUGGAUGCAGAAACAGUGCAGUCCAAGAACUGGCAGAUGGAUGUCAUAGAAAUGAAUGGGAUCAAAGUUGAAUUCUCAAUGAAGUUCACUGGGCGGGACUUGACCUUGAAGAGAACGCCUUCCAAGAAACAGAGUGGAGUGUUUGGUGUAAAAAUCAGUGUGGUCACAAAGCGAGAGUGCUCCAAGGUGCCCUUCGUCAUCCGUCAGUGCAUCGAGGAGGUGGAGAAGCGGGGGAUUGAGGAGGUGGGGAUCUACAGGAUCUCAGGCGUAGCCACAGACAUCCAGACCCUGAAAGCUGCGUUCAACACAAACGGUGCCAAAGACUUCCCGGUGCAGCUGAGUGACGUGGACGUCAACGCCGUCGCGGGAACUCUGAAGCUGUACUUCCGCGAGCUCCCGGAGGCCCUGCUCACUGACCGGCUGUACCUGCCCUUCCUGGAGGGGAUAGCCCUGUCUGAUCCUGUUGCCAAGGAGAGCUGCAUGAUGCAUCUGCUUUGCUCGCUGCCAGAUCCCAACCUCUUCACCUUCCUCACACUGCUGGAGCACCUCAGGAGGGUGGCAGAAAAGGAGCCGGUGAACAAGAUGUCCCUGCUCAACCUGGCGACCAUAUUCGGCCCCACCCUGCUCAGACCGUCGGAGGAGAGCCGCAGAGGGCACAUCGCCCUGCUCUCCGACCUGUGGUCACAUGACGUCAUGGCGCAGGUCCAGGUUCUCCUGUAUUAUCUCCAGUGUCCCUCUGUGUCCUUCUCCGAGCUCAAACGCAGCGCCCUCUACUCCUCCGACGGAUAGCCUGGGCCGCCAUUUCUGCAGCGGCCAUUUUCAUUAUGCCUCUCGUGUGGCUGCUUCAGCAAGAGAAAGGGGGGAAUCUUAACCCGAAGAAACAGGAAGACCUGCUCUCCGUUUGCUUAACCUAGUCUUGAACGCGUGUCACUCUUGGGUGUUAAGUGUCAGUCUAAGCCCAUCAGGUGACAGGUGAAUGAUUCCAUCCAGGCUUUUCACUCCUGCCCAGUUUAGCCCUCGUCCUUGCCCACAAACAACCCCCCCGCCCCCACCCCCACGUCUGUGUGUGUGCGUGUGAGUGUGUCUGUGUGUGCAUGUGAGUGUGUGCGUGCAUGCGUGCAUGUGUAUUAGGGUAAGUCAGAUUGUGGAGAGUCAGGUUGAUAUUAAAGUCCAAUGUUGGGGUUCAGUGUGACAUUAGGAAAGGAUUCUUGUAUUUAUUGGUUGUACUUCACGUGGCUGUCCCACAUUCUUGUUGUUAGCAUAAAUGACAAGCGGUAGAAACUGGUCUUUGCUUCUGUACAGUACAUCAGCAUCAGCUAAGGACCAGAGACUCACAGAAGCCAGGUUUGAUUGUCUGCAUCAUUACCCAUUACUUGCUUACCCAUUACUUGCUUAAAAGGUCAUUGAAGAAAUUCCAGAGAAAUUUACAUAUUUUAGAAAUUGUGAUUUGCUCAGUGAUUUAUCUUUAUUUCUGUUCACAUGAAUGCAAAUGUGUACACACUCAGUAAUAUUGCACAUGUUGAAAUGUUAGACAGAUAUGAUAUGAUAUAAGGACAGAAUAUGAUAACAGCAUUCCUUUUAUGUGUAUAAAAGACAAAUUUUCCCUAUUUAUUUAUGUGGAUUGUGCGCUCUUGAAUCAGGUAAUAUCUAACCUUCGACAACAAUCUUUAUUUUUACUGUGUGUACUGUACAGUAUAUAAAUAUGUGGAAGUAUGCCUGAUCAUCGGUUAAUCACGUGCAUUGAAUGUUACAGGAGCAUUUUUAAUUCAGAUUUGUUCAGAAUAGACUUAAAUGUACAGCAAUGAUUACAGUAAUCAAUCUCACUUUGUACGUUCGCAGAUAAGUUUUCAAGUUUUCAAAGGAUCUGUGGAAAAUGUAUGAAUUAUGACAAUAAAAUAGUGCUUUGUGUAAA